AUGUCGGAGAACGCGCUGCUGAUCGACCUCAUGGAGGCGCGCGCCAGUCACCAAGAGGGAAACUCGGCGCGGAGCUUCCACGAGCAGCUGCUGGAGGUCCCGGAUCUGCCUGCAGGAGGCUGCGGGGACAACUGCUCGCUGGUCGUGGACUGGAUCGACGCGCAGCUACGCGGACUGGACCGUGUCGAAGCCUACUGCCAAGUAUUUCAGUCGGAGGGGGGUGAUACGCCACGCACCAAUGUGUAUGGUGUGCUGAGAGCUUCACCGCUCGCAGAUGGGAAGGUAGAACAACACGAGGCGAUCGUGCUGGUGACGCACUACAGAAAUGUUGGGAAAGACAGUGGCGACUACUCAGGACUGUCGCUGGGUCUGGCGCUGCUGAAGUAUCUGGCGAGGGCCAAGUGGCUGGCGAAAGACGUCAUUCUGCUCGCUGCGGACGAUGGCGUUUUGGACGGAAGUGACGGGUAUGCGCUGGGGACGGAAGCCUGGCUGCGGGCCUACCACUUGGACCCGGUCGAGAGCGGACUGCAAGGCGCACUGCCGAUGCGCGCUGGAGUUAUUCGCGCAGCUGUGAAUGUGGAGACGUUGAUGAACUCGAAGGAGGUGGGCUCGGUAGGAAUCUACACCGCUGGCAUGAACGGCCAGUUGCCGAACCUGGACCUCGUGAACACUGCCGUGCGUGCUUUCGGCCAGCACCAAAUCCCUACGAUUUUGGAUCGCGCCGAUGCAGCGCAAGUGGGUGGUCGUAACCACAAGGGAUACGUGUCGUCUGUGAUCAAUCUCAUCUCCAGUCUCAGCGAGAAACACACCCCGGAAGAAUACAAGCAAAGCGCACAGAACUACCUGGCAAACCUGAAGGGGAUGCUGCACUUUAUGACGACGCUGGCAUCGGGUCCUUCUGGUCCCCAUGCGAACUUCAUCAGCUACAACAUCGACAGCAUCACGCUGUCGUUGGUGAAAAGUGUAGGCUCAAGCGAUCGCUCACUCUCAACGCGUGAGGUGCUGCGUUCUAUCGAGAUGGUCGUCCGUGCUCUCAGCAACCUGGAAGAAAAGCUCCACCAGUCGUUCUUCCUCUACGUCCUCCCCAGCACGACCACCUUCGUGUCCGUGGGCGAGUACUAUUAUACAGUGGCUCUGGCGAUUUCGCCUGCUAUCGCGCAUUUACUGUUCUUGGCAAACAAAACGAGUGGAAUGCGGGUCGCUUUCGCACUGUCGGUCUUCAUCGUGGUUGAAGGCUUGUGUGCUUUACUCCUGGUUGGGGUGAGUCGCUAUUUUGCGUCUCCGGCUGCUCUUCUGGGAGUCCAUGGUGAGCGUGAUGCUGCAAGGUGGUGGACACUUGCAGUCAUAGUCUCCGUUGUGCAAGCUCUAGUGGUGUUGAUUGUGCUGCCAGCUCUACGUUCCGUGGUGGGCUUUUCUGGCUGCGUUGAGAUUUACGACUGGCGUAAGAGGAUCGUGGUGUACGAUGCGGAGCAGCAAAAGCGACUGGACCAAGAGAAGGAGGGAUCUACAGAUAGUCCUGCUGAGCUAAGUGAAUCCAGCAACGAUAUCCCGGAGCUGGAUUCAGGGUGGCGGGCGGUGAAGUUCAUUACGAUGGCGAUGCUCGUGUAUGCUCAUUGCAUUCUAGGCAUCCUGAACUAUCCAAUGGCUCUCUUCUGCGCGAUUGCAAUGACCCACUUCGCGCGAGUUGUCCCGUUCUCCACCGCAUCAGUAGCCAAGAACGUGUUGAAUGGGUUGUGGCUCUUUGUAUCGUCUCCUCUGGUGCUACUUGCGCUCUUGAAAUGGAGUCGCCUAGGUACGCGCUUUCACCCUGUCUACGAUAUUCCAAGCGCAUAUUUACUGAUAAGUUGUGGGUUGUUUAUUGCAACAGACCACGCGUCGGCCUUAUCGACUGUUGUGAGCAGCUUCGUCCACCGCAUCAACCUGCUGGCGCUGUCGUACAUUUGCUGCAUCUACGUCUCCGUGCACACGCUGUCGCUCAUUAUCUGGGCCUACCCUGCACCGAAGGCAGCCCCUUCGGCGAGGAAGUGGAAACAAGAAUAA